AUGUCGCGCGACGACGACGAUGCGACGAAGAAAUCGACCAAGACGAAGAAACCAAAGUUUGGUGGCGGCGGCGGCGCGCUGAAUCAAAAUGACGUCGUCACGGACGCCCGUUUCAGCGCCAUGCACCGCGACCCGCGGUUCAUGGCGAUGCCGAAGAAGACAGGCGCGGUGCAGAUCGACUCGAGGUUCGCGGGAGUGUUCGAUGAUCCGAAUUUCGCGAGCGGAGGAGGCACGAGCGGGACGGACAAGCGCGGGAGACGCGCGGAGGAUGAAAGAGGAGCGAAACUGGACGCACGCGCAAAGCAAAGGAAGGAGAUGCGAGCGUAUUACAAAAUGGACGAUGAAGAUGAUGAUUCCGACGGCGAUGAGGGGUUGGAAGAGCGCAUGGAGAAGUCGAUGGAUCGAAUGCGCGGGGUCGGUUUGGAAUCGUCAAGCGAGGAGGAGAGCGACGAAAGCGAGGACGAGGAAGGCGUCGAUGAAGAGGAUGAGGGGGUGCUGCCGACGAUGCUCGUCGGAGAGGCGGAUAAAGAUAUACCCACCAUCGACGCAACGCGUCGGCUGGCGAUCGUGAAUUGUGAAUGGCAACAUAUUCGGGCGUGCGAUUUGUACGCGGUGUUGCGAUCCUUUGCGCCAAAGGGCGGGUCAUUGGAGCGCGUGACGGUGUACCCGAGCGAUUUCGGGUUAGAGCGCAUGGCGGUGGAGAAUAAAUACGGUCCUUUAAGCGCGUUUCAAAAAGAUGAGUCGAAAAAGAAGUCAACGUUGAACGCGGCGACGACGAAGAGAAAGGCGUCGGGGAACGAAAGCGACGACGCUGACGCGGCGGAUAACGAACAAAUGCGACAGUACGAGCGUGAUAGAUUGCGCUAUUACUACGCUAUCGCAGAAUUCGAUACAGUGAAGACCGCAAUGGGGGUAUAUCACGAGUGCGAUGGGAUCGAGUACGAGCGAUCGAGUUUUAAACUCGAUUUGCGUUACGUCCCGGACGACCAAUCGUUUGAGGAACGCGAGGUUCGCGAUACCGCCACGGAUAUUCCUCCCGAUUACGAAGCUCCCGAGUUUCAAGUCAAGGCGCUGCAGCACUCGAACGUCAAGUUAUCGUGGGACGAUGAUGACCCGACUCGGCGUAAAACGUUUCGACGUAAAAUCACCGAGGACAAUCUCAAGGAUGAAGAUUUCGCCGCCUAUCUCGCGUCUGACUCCGACGACGAGGACGAAUCCGAGCAAUCCGAGGAUGAAGAAAAUGAAGCAGACGCCAAGGCAGCGAAAAAAGCGUACUUGGCUAAACUUCUCGGCGGGAGUGGUGACGCCGACGUUGAUGCCGAUGCCGGUGCGGAGAAGGAUGACUUUUUUGUAUCUGACGACGACGACGACGACGGCGAGGACACCGCCAAGGCGUCCACGAAGGCGUUUAAAACGAAACGCGAUAAACAGCGCUACGGCUCGAAAAGCAACGCAGGUGACAUGGAAGUGACAUUUCACGCCGGUCUCGAAGAGUUCGGUGCGCGCAUUAAGAAGAAACAGAAAGACGGAAAGCUCGGCGCGCAGGAGACGGUUUACGAACGGCAAGAGCGCCUGCGCAAGGAAAAGCGCGAAGCGAAACGAUUAGCGAAUAAGGAUAAAGGAGAAGUCAAUGAAAAAGAGUCCGACGACGUUGCGGGUGGCGCCGACGGCGAGCCAGCGACGUUUGACGACCCGUUCUUCAUGGACGAUGGUGGUGACGUCGACUUUGACGCCGAGUACGAUUCUGAAGACGGCGCCCCGAAGGCCAAGAAGAAGGCGAAAAGUAAGUUUACGGACGACGACGACGCGCCGAGCAAGACGAACUUGAAAAAGGCGAAGAAAGCUGCUAAGCGCGGUGAAGUAGAUGAACAAGCUCAAGCCGAUUUGGAGCUGUUGAUGAUGGACGAGAAGGAAAUUCUCGGCAAAUCCGACGGCGUCUCCGCUCGUCGCGCUGCUAUUAAGCCUGCCGACGGCGGAGAGCCGACCAAGAAGAAGUCGCGAAAAGAGCGUCUCGCCGAGAAACGCCGUCUCCGCGGCAAAGCCGCACGGCGUGCUGAGAGUGAUGACGACGACGACGGCGAAGUGAACAAGUUGGACACGGCGGACGAUCGCUUUGCCGGAUUGUACGAGUCGCAUCACUUCAGUCUCGACCCCACGGAUCCACGUUACAAAGACGUGCAGAAUAAGACGCUCAUUAUUAGUGAAAGAGACAAGCGGCGCCAGAAGAAAGCGGAAAAGAAAUCUAGCAAGACUGUCAGCGCGCUUGAGUCGCAGGCGAAGGAAAUCGGGUCGUCUGAACUGCAGAACAUGAUGGCGUCGCUCAAGAGGAAAUCCAAAGUCAAGAAGUGA